AUGUCCGAGAGCCGGCUGGAUCAAAUCGUCAAAGGCGCACCACCGCCCUCGAUAAAACUACCGCCCCUCGCCCCUCCCCUCGUCACCGCGUCCUCGUCCGCCACACCCGUGGACGGCAACACCCCCUCCCAACAGCUCUCCGACCCGCUCUCCUCCCUCCCCUCCUCCCCACCCCAAAUCUACUUGAACCUCCUCAUCCUCGAAUCCUCCCUGCGAGCGCAAUACCUGCAACUCCUCUCCCGGCGCCGGCUGCACACAUUCUUCCUCCUCUUGCUGUCGUUAUCUGCUCUACGUGGGAUAGCAGCCCAUCAGCCCAAGUGGGCGAGAGCAAAGCGUCACUGA